AUGCCUGACGUCAAGCGCACCGUUCGUCUUAUCACGGAGCAGCAUGUCAUUGACAAGCCAUCGGAGGUUGAGGGCUUCCCCCAGCGCUCAUGGUCCAUUGAGGUGUGGCUGCUCAAUGACAAGGGUGAGCAGGUACCUGCCACCAUCUUCGACAAGGUCACUUAUCGUCUGCACCCGAGUUUCGGAGACCGUGCUACACAGACUUUCAAAAACUCGCCCUUCCGCAUCUCAGAGGAGGGUUGGGGUGAGUUUGACAUGACCAUUGACCUCAUCGCCGACAAAUCCCACAGCAUUCAGCAUGACCUGAACUUCAUGUCGGAACGCUACGAGGCUAAGCACCAGAUUGUCUUCCGCAACCCGAAGCCAGCUCUCUUGGCGGCAUUGCGCGAGUCCGGCCCGGUACCUGGCGACGAGAAUGGUGUCAAGUCCAAGCGUGGUGCUGCCGCCGGAGAAGAGAACACCAAGAAGAAGAAGCGCACUGAGAAGAAUGUUGACAUGGACAAGCUUGCCGAUGGCUUGCAAAAACUCAACGAGGAUGAUCUGCUUCAAGUUGUGCAGAUGGUGCACGACAACAAGUCGCCAGACUCUUAUACCAAGAACGAUGUCGAGCUGGGCGAGUUCCACGUCGAUUUGUACACCCUUCCCGACACACUGAUCAAGAUGCUCUGGGACUUCACCGCGGAACGAGGUGCCCUGUAA